GCAGAGAGUUUGUACGGUAACUACCAUAUCCGGGUCAGUCAGACAAUCUGGAAGCCUCCAGAUUAUUCUGGACAUAUAAUACCAGUUGCCAUUUCUAUAUUUAUGUUGAAUCCGCAGCCAAUACAAGAUCAGCUAGAUAUUAUCGAACUCAAGUUAUGGACAAAAGAAUGGCACUUUCAUCAGUUCCGAAUGAACUUCGCAGAAUGUUUGAUUCCUUAAACCAAAAUGACGAUGGAUUCCUUACUCUGCACGAAAUCAAUUGCUUCCUCAACAAGCUUGGAAUACAACUAACAGAAGAAGAGCUAAAGUGCUUGUUGAUGGGUAUUUCUCAGAGACAAGAUUAUAGCUUAACAUUUGAUGAAUUUGUUAGGCUUUACCAAUCUCUUCUGGAUGAGAGCAGUCCUAGUACGAGUACCGGUAGUAACGAAGAAUGUCAGGAUUUAUGUUUAAUGGAGGCAUUCAAAGUUUACGAUUUGAAUGAUGAUGGGUAUAUUUCUUCUUCGGAGCUUCAUCAAGUUUUAUGUAAUUUGGGAUUGAUAGAGCAAGGUGGGCAUUGUUUGGAGGACUGCCAGAGAAUGAUCUGCAGAUAUGAUGGGAACUUGGACGGCUUCAUAGACUUCUCUGAGUUUAAGAAGAUGAUGGUCAUCGAUCCUUGAAUAGGGCUAAUUAGGGUUUCAGACUUUGUGUCUGUAGUAUGUACCAUAUCAACAUUCUUAUAUAGAGUUACUGUAUGGUAUUUAGGACAUUUACAACCUCAAGUAACAAACAGCCUGUUCAUAUUAGUUUGUAAAAUAUCAGAGGCUUAAGGUUUCUAAGUCUUAUUUGUUUUUCAAAUGCCAAUCAAUACGUACACAGUGAUG